AUGCUGGUUAACAUCUCAUAUUUUGCUGUGUUGUCUGUACCGGAAAUUCUUGAUUCACAGGCAGUUGCAAUGACUUUUGCGGAAAUAGCCAUGGGUCGAUUUGCAUCAAUAAUGCCUUUAUUUGUUGCGAUUUCAUGCGCUGGUGGUUUAAAUAGUACCAUUUUCUCAUCAAGUCGAAUGUUCUUCGUUGGUGCUAGGGAUGGAAAGCUGCCAGAAUUACUUUCAAUGAUUUCUAUAAAUUAUUUGACACCAUUACCAUCUCUGCUAAUUCUCGGCAUCUUGUCGCUAUUGAUGUUGGUUACUUCAAACAUUUAUUUACUUAUUAAUUAUCUAACAUUUACUGAAGCAUUCGUCAUCUCAAUCUCUGUUGCUGGUUUAAUCAAAUUGCGAUUCACUCAGCCUAACCUCCCGCGACCAAUCAAGCAAAAUAUUCUGUUGCCAGCUACAUUCCUGAUUAUAUGCAUUGCGCUGCUGAUGCUGCCGUUUUUCAUACAGUCAAACGAACUCAUCAUUGGUGUUUUGAUCAUUCUCACCGGCAUUCCAUUUUAUUUUGUUUUCGUGUUUUGGAAAAAUAAACCAGCUUGUUUAUAUAAGCCGUGGAUUUCAAUGACGCAUGCAAUCCAGAAAUUGCUUUACUGUGUUCCAGAGGAGAAGCACACUAAUUAG